CCUGACCGAGCAGCUGUCAGCGGACGGGGCUGAGCGUCACGACGAGCAGGAGGCUUUGUGGAAGAAGGACGAACUCAAAAUGCAGCUCCGCAGCGAUCGCCCCAGUUUAUCACUGGGUCCCCGACGCGUGCCUGGACUCGGACUUUAGAAUCCAGCGUGUAGUCAGCGAGCCCACAGACAGCGACUCCCCUCCGGUUGUUUUUAUGCGCUGUCUGCUGGGCACUGUCCAUCCGACAGAACUAGUCCAGACAUGAGUAACGUUAAUCUGAUGUUUUGGGACCAGUUGCAGGCUGGCAGCUCCGACGUGGACUGGUGUGAAGGCAAUUACCUUAUUUACCCCAGCAUCGCUGAAUUUUACAACACGAUCAGCAACAUUUUGUUUUUUGUUUUGCCGCCGAUAUUAAUGUGCUUGUUCCGCCAAUAUGCAAAACAUUUCAACAGUGGGAUUUACCUCAUAUGGAUUCUGCUUGUUGUGGUCGGUAUUGGAUCAACUUAUUUUCAUGCCACCCUCAGCUUCCUUGGCCAAAUGCUGGAUGAACUGGCCAUUUUAUGGGUGCUCAUGUGUGCCAUUGCUAUGUGGUUUCCAAAGAGAUAUCUACCCAGGAUAUUCAGGAGGGAUCGGUCAAGAUUCAAAGUGGUCAUUGGCAUCUUAUCAGGGAUCACCACUGGACUGGCUUUUGUGAAACCUGUUGUCAACUCCGUGUCACUUAUGACUCUGGGUAUCCCAUGCACUGUGCUGCUCAUUACUGAAUUGAAAAGGUGUGAAAACCCACGUGUGUUCAAGCUGGGCCUGAUCUCAGGGAUCUGGUGGGCACUGGCUCUGCUUUGCUGGAUCAGUGACAGGAUAUUCUGCGAAAUGUGGUCAUCUGUCAACUUUCCCUACCUACACUGUGCUUGGCACAUCCUCAUUUGUCUGGCUUCCUACCUGGGUUGUGUUUGCUUCGCCUACUUUGAUGUUGCUACCGAGGCACCGGAGCGAGGUCCCGUCAUCAUGUUCUGGCCCAGUGAAAAAUGGGCCUUCAUUGGUGUGCCAUAUGUUUCCCUACUCUGUGUCCAUAAGUCUACUAUAAAGGUGACUUAAGGCACUGUUAUGCUAACGCUUUCACACCGAGAUACACCAGCAUGUCCGUGACUCAUCUUGUAUCAACUGGUGCUCUUAUGACUUGAGGAUGUACGUGAUGUACAUUUUGGCCAGCCUCAAGGAUUUUUGCAUUUUCCUGCAGAUCUUUAUGCAACUCUGUCAAAGAACAGCAGGUUGUUUUACAUGACACACAAUUACUCUUUAAUAUCAAAGCCAAGAAACCUUUACAGUGUUACAAACAUAUCUCAGGCUUUGCAUAAGAGACCAUUAAAUCUCUUAAGAGUGAAAGUAUUCAUUUGAUACUUCUUUAAAGAGGAGACUUUCUACAUUUCCUGGUAACUGAGAAAACCUCACUGUAAAGCAUUACGUUGCCUUUAUGAGAGCAAUAAUGGCACCUCAUGAGUGCAGUCAUAAAACCAUGUUUAAAAACAAUAAAGCACUGGAGUCAUUAACUGUGA